AUGGGGGCAGAAGUUCGCGCUGCUGGAGGAGAGAAGACGGUGCUGUCGGCUAUUGAGUCUCUUGUUGUCGAGCUUGUAACGGUGCUUGUCUGCCAGGGCAGAAAGUUCGCGCUGCUGGAGGAGAAGACGGUGCUGUCGGCGCUAAUGAAUCCUCUUGUGGCAGAAGUUCGCCGGCUGCUGGAGGAGAAGACGGUGCUGUCGCCUAAUGAAUCCUCUUGUGGCAAGAAGUUCGCGCUGCUGGAGGAGAAGACGGUGCUGUCGGCCUAA